GGUGCUCUCUCCCUAGAAGCCAAACUCAAGAUCAUAAAUCCAAACCACUCAUUUCUCCUUUGCUGAAAAAAUUUCUUGGAGAAAGAAGAAGAAGCAUAAUGGCUACAAGCGCAUCGGCUUUGCUCUCACCAACCACAUUCUCCACUGCCAUCUCUCAUAAGAACCCUAACACCAUCUCAUUUCAUGGCCUUCGUCCUCUCCGUCUCGGUGGCUCCUCCUCCUCCGCUUUACCCAAACUAUCAACCACCUCCGGAAGAAAAUCGUCCUCCGCCGUCGUGAGAGCUGAGCUUAGCCCUUCCGUGGUCAUAAGCCUGAGCACAGGUCUCUCCCUCUUCCUCGGCCGUUUCGUCUUCUUCAACUUCCAGAGAGAGAACGUAGCGAAACAGGUACCGGAGCAGAACGGCAAAACCCACUUCGAAGCUGGAGAUGACCGUGCUAAAGAGUACGUCAGCCUCUUGAAAUCAAACGAUCCAGUUGGAUUCAACAUCGUCGAUGUUCUUGCUUGGGGUUCUAUUGGACACAUCGUUGCUUACUACAUCUUGGCUACUUCCAGCAAUGGGUACGACCCCAGCUUCUUUGGCUGAUUCAUCCCAUCUCUCUCUCGUAUAUGUAUAUGUUUGACUUGUUCCGCAAGCUAUCUAAUCUAUUCUCUAUCUCUGUUUCUUCAUAUUCUUCUGUUGUUGUUGUUGCUGUCCAAGACUUCUCCCUCCUUUUGCAACUAUUUUAUUUCGCCA